AUGCACUUUGAAGACGUCAGCAGAGUGAUUCGCACUAAUCAAAUAAACCGUUUUCAGCAAUACCGCGGCCUGCGACCACUUGCUUGUUACGGGGGAUUAGCCUUAUCACUCGACUUGACCAAAGCAUUCGAUCUUGCCAGUCGUCCCAUCAUACACAGCACACUGGCCAAGCAUGGUGUUGCCCAGGACACCAUUCAAGUCAUUCAGCAAUUGCACAAGGAUGCGGAGUAUAUCUUUCGCUCCGGUAUCUGUGUGGGGGGUCAAAAAACUACCAAUGGUUUAAAACAGGGAUGCUCCAUUGCCCCUUACCUUUGGUCAUUCUACACAAUUGCCCUCAUGCAGGAAUUGCAGGAUCGUCUCGAUCCACAAUGGUUGCAGCAAGUGCUUGUGCUUUUUGCAGAUGAUCACUGGUGUCACUGGACCAUUUGUAGCCGAGCAGACUUCGAGAGUGCAUUGAAGCAACUCACUGUAAUGUUGGAAACCUUAAUUGCUUUUCGCAUGUCUAUCAAUUUUAAGAAAACGGCAAUUCUUCUUAGACUUGAAGGCAAACAGGCCAAGGCCAUCCUGCGAGAAUACACACAGAAGAAGAACAACGAGUUGCACUUGUGCAUUCGAGUUCACGAUCAAGAGCAGCUAAUACCAAUCAAGGUGGCACAUGAGUAUCUCGGUACAAAGGUCACAUACCGUCACCGCCUUGAUGCUAACACCACACAUCGAUUGCAGGCGGGACAGGCCAAAUAUCAGGCACUUCGCAAAACCUUAAAUGGACAUCAUGCCCUACAUGUUCGUUACCGCCUUCGGCUCUGGGCCGCCUGUGUCUCCACCAGCAUGUACUAUUCACUGCCAGCCACUGGGUUUACUAAGGAUGGGUUGGAUCGGCUCACUAAAGCCGCCACACGUCACAUACGUGCCAUUCUCCGCCAACCGGCGCACCUUACCCACACCGAUAACCAUACAGUGUGGCAGCAAACUCAGCUGAACAUGCCAGGCGAUGCCAUUCUUCAGAUGCUCCGCUGCUUUCGGGCACGCCUUCAGGCCAAGGCACAUAGUGAUCCAGACAUCACCACCGGUGAUGCUAUCCUGCAGCACCUGCAGUCCUUGGAGGAUUCCAUGAGCAGCCUGCUCCGUCAACAGGACGAGGCGAAAGUGCUUGCCUCAGCCGUGGAGCCGCAAAUUGCCUGUCCACAGUGUGAUCAACUUUUUCCCACCGAGAAUGCCAUGCGGAUUCACUGCAAACUUGCACACUCCAUCCUGCCCACACACAGCACUUCUACUCCAACCACCUUCGUCCCUAGUCAACACGCGAAAGGAGGUUUACCGCAGUGCCGAUUAUGCCUACGCACGUUCCACAAGUGGCAAAACCUUAAGCAGCAUAUCCAGUCCGGAGCUUGUGACAAGCUAGGUGGCGAGAGCUUGACCAAGCACCCUGUACGCCAAGCUGAUGUGCAAGCCUCGUCGCCCUCUGCCCAGCAGCCUACGGACGAAGCUACCGGUACGGCCCAAAAUGCACCAUUGAUUGAGCGACCCAGCUUUGUUGCCAACUUGUGUCGUUGGGAAAGCCUGCUAAGAGAUUCCCGCCUUCACUCGGACCUGCAGGCUCAUUGUGUGCUGUGCCACAUGUGGUGUGCUGAUCACAAGCAUGUCAAGCAGCAUAUUUUACGCACCCAUGAGUGUGGGCCCCGGGCCGGCACUCGCAACAAUGCACUGUCCUUUAUCAGCUUAGCAUCGCAUACACUCGCCACUUUUGGAGGCACGAUGAGCACGCAGCUCGAGGGACUCAAUCCGGAGGCCGACAUCUUCGCCUUCUGUUGUCCCAACCUGCUAGGACAGCACAGCAAGUCGGAGCCCAAAGCGGAGCCAGUGGACGCAGAGGACCAACAGGAGGAUGCCAAUCCCACGAAACGGCCCCGGCCGGAGCCGGAGCCUGCGACGGCAACAGCUCCCCACGGCGCUCGUCGCCGGGAUCAGCGUCCUUUCCAUCGGGGACCCAAGCCCUCCACCGCAGCUCCACAAACGGAGUCAGUACGACUGAUAGCAAAGGCCCUCCUUCAACACGAAGAUCAGUUGGCGGCGCAGCGCAUGGACAAAUCCUUCAUUCUCUUCGUACGCCAGGACCAGUGGAGUGUGAUCCCGCAGCUUCAUCAGAUCUCCAAGGACUGGAACGCCAAACGAGAGAGUGGGGAGCCUGCCCUGCAAUCUCCACUACGCACCGUGCUAUUUGCUUGCCUCCUCAAGGAAAUGAUGGCCCGCAUACAGCGGAUGACGGCUACCGACCCUCCCAAGGAGAAGUUGAAAGCAGCGGAUUGGAUGGACUCGGAGAAUGCCUGGACCUUCCUUCGCUAUUGUCACAAGGACAAGAAGAUGAUACUCAACCAAAACAAGGCCAGCAUGACCCACACGGAGCUCAUUCGAAUCUUGACGUUUCUCCUCGAGCACACCAAGGGAGAGAUCGUGCAUGCUUUCCACAGCACGGUGAGGCUGGACAAACUGGAAGCAGCACCACGCACCAUCCCCAUGGCCAGGUUCAAAUUGGACAUUUCUUUGAGAGGCGAACGGGCACACGAAGUCCACGAAGCUCUCACGAGCCUAGUGGGCUCCUCCGCAUGGCAAUUGGUGGGCAUCAACAUGCGCCAGGAAACUCUUCAGAGGUCGCCGAUUGCACAGCAGUUGGCCAAAUUGGCCUACGGACAAUGA